GGACCGUCAAUUAGGCCUAGGUUGGAGAACGACUUUAUCCCCGGGCCGUCGACGAAAACGUUGGUACUUCCAGCACCUUAUAAACCUGGUAUUGGACGCGAAAGUUGGCAGAUGUUGUCACUCCCUAAGAGUUCCCUCUGGAUUUACCGGGUUUCGAGAGCACCAGAGUGAAGUGGGGGACACAUGUACGCGGAUCGGAGCUUUUGACCCUUCUGCGGGACGGCGUUGGUUAGCACAUCCAUGUUUUUGAUCGAAGAUGCACAAUACAAUACGUCGAGAGGGCCAAACCACAGUAGGAGAAGAUGGCAUCGGAUGAGCUUCGAAGUAUUUAUUGGUCAAACACUGUUCAUCAUAUUGCUUUACGUGGGCGGUUUUGCGCGGGACGAGAUGCCGCAUUGGUAUUACUUUUAUUUGCUAUCCCGAUUUUACGCCGGAGGGAGAAGUUGAAGUUUCCGACAAAUCACUGCCUUUGUUGCCUGCGAAAUUCGUUGCCGAAAAGUGAUCAACAACUGGGACCCACCAAUCCAGGCCCGCCGAGACCACAUCUAUAAACGGGAGACGACUCUUUGCAAACAUGUGCGCAAGUCCUCUGGUUUCGCUGAAGCAAGACCCUUCAAAAUAGCUGACCGGAUGUCUCCAAUCUUGCCAAGUCACCUGUAACCCGUAGAAUUUUGAUCUUGUGCUUUUGUGGCACGGAUUGGGAAGAUUCUGAUAAGUAUGUAUCCAAGUAGCCAGCGAGCCCGUACAGGCGUCCGGAGGCAGUACCCGAAAUCAAUCCUUGUGUUUAUUGACACCAAGUCCCUGACCAGCUCGCCCUGGUCGGUCGGGUCGGAUUCCUCCCUUUCCCUCCAUCUUGAAUGAUUUUUUUAGUCCGUGAUGCCUUACGAAUCCCUCUGUACAACACCAACAUAACGAAAAUGGUCCUUGUUCUCUUAUUCAUCUGUUUCUUCCACGACCUGGUCAGUGCCGCGCCCACAAGACGAGAAGACGAGCAGUCGAAUGGAUUAAAACCGCAAGUAUGGGUUCCAAUAUUGAUAAUCGCAUUGCUCAUGGUGGUGAUUGUCACUGUUACAUGGUCAAAGAAGAGAGGCUUUCUUCACUGGGGCAGCAUUGGGCAGGCUGCAGCCGCAGGAGUAGGAGCGUUCUCGGCACCUGGUGGCGUUGUGCAAACUCGGGAGUUGACUGCUGAUCAACUCACAGGCAACACUACGAACACCAGUUCAAGUAAUAAUGGCAAUGGGAACAGGACAAGGAGAACGAGGAGGCCGCGUAGAACUCCGUCACAAAUUUCUACCACGUCCUUACCUGCCUACAACAAAGAGCCAGGAGAACAGGAACUUGUAAUCUUCCGAGGACCUGCCGACAUGGAGGAUGUUCCAAUACAUUCUGUUACCGCUGCUGUAGAAAUGCCGACUGUUGAAGAGGAUGGUGACUCGGAGCUUUCAAACUCUCGCUAUAAUCUAGUGCCAGAGUCACCCCAAGACAUGCCACUACUCCACGAAGUUGAUCGUUCUACUACCGUCCUCGCACCUUCUGCUGCUAACAGUCGAGGGCGACCAAGUAUCGAGACUAUGAACUCUAAUUCGGAUGAAAGUUCCCUGAUGCGAAUUGACACAACCCCAACCAUCGAUGAUUCCCCCGACCCCAGAGGUGCAGCACCUGCAUAUUUCGAAGUGGUGGAUAUCGGCGAAGUGCCGAUGGGGAAUGCAUCCCAGAUCACUAAUCGAACUCUAACGAUCGCAACGACACCCGAUACCACCCAACAAACUCAACCCAAUGACAAUACGAACCCACCGAGUCCCAGUAGACGUGGCACUUUCCGUUUCGCUCACAUCUUUGGACGUCACAGCAGUCAUCGUGCUUCUCAGUCUCAUUCUUCAGCGACGUCGCCACCUGUACUACCGCCUGGUAUUCCCGUUCCCAGGAACGCUGCCGCACAUGGACAACAUGGUCGAACGGAAUCGGCAGGAGGUCUGUCCCUCACGUCUACAGUCUCACGAUCCACACAAGCGUCCCCCGCGAACCGAAGCAGAAGUCGUAUGAGCGUUUACCACCGACCCUCCCAAAGCUCUUCAUCCCUCCUUUCCUUCGUCAAUCCCCUCACCCGCAAAAAGUCCUCCACCACGCUACAUUCUAUCAACGAUUUGACCUCACCUUCACUCAUCUCUCUGCAGAGUAUUUCGGCGCCACUGUCGCAUACUUUGGUAAAGACAGAAUUUACGUAUCCAAGGAGUGGGCCUACACCCGAGCAGCUAAAGCUGAUAUCGAGCAGGGAGAAUAUGGCGGGAAGGUUUGGGGUGCCGUAUGGUGCCGAGGCGGUUAGGUGGGCGAGGAGUAGGACUGAGUUGGUGGACUCGGAGCCUCCACCUGGGUUUGAGGAAAUUUCAGGGAGUCCGGGGCCAAAUGGAUCAAGCACAAACGCGAGUGCAAGUGGGACGAGUUCUACUCCUGGUAGUAACGGGAGCGCUUCGACCACCCUAACCUCGGCAUCGAGCGUAGACGCCAACGUAGGUGGUGCAAGCGGUAAUCCGGACCCUGCUACUAUUGGCACUGCUACUACAUCCCCGCCCGUAAUUCGAGUGGAUCCUGCGUCUAAACCUCCAACGCCUCGCGGACCUUCGCCAUCUCCUUCAGCUGUAGCGGACACUGCAACGGCAGCUCCUUCCUUUUCCUCUCCCUCAUCGUCCCCAGAUCCCAAUCCCAACCCUGCUUUGAUUCCUAUACCAGAAUCGCCUCCUACCCCAAAUUCGACCAUCAGCACAAAUACACAAUCCCGAUUCGUACCCUUAUCCGAGACGCAGUCAGUUUCCUCGAAAGCGAACAAGGAAAAAGCCUCACCACCAUCCGCUUUUAAUGCAGAGUUCAACGUCGAUGACGAUCUGUUCUAUACGCGAGCUUUAUCUCGUGCGAGCUCCUCCCGGUCAUUCGCUACAGCUAAUGAAUCGUUGAGUGAGUUUGGUGAGCGAACAGGAGCGAGAACAGGCAAAGGGACGCUCAACUCACGCUCAGACACUAUGAGAAGCGAGACGCCUGCGUUGUCGAUUGCGGAAUCGAGGUACUAUUCUGGGGAUGAUGAUGACGACGACGAUGAAGGCGGGGAUCAACGCAGUUUCCGUGGGACACGUAGGUAUGAUGAAUCUGAUUCGGGAGAAGAAACAGAGACGGAGUAUGAGGACAGUGAAAGGAGGAAUCGGAGGUUGACGGUGAGAGCGUAG